AUGGAAGCAGCUGCACAAAAGGGCCGUUUAAGGCGUCAAAUACUCGAAGGAGAGCAAAACAUUGAGCUACUAAGUGACUCCAUCCAACAACAUCAACAAUAUGACCAGCAGAAACAGAAACAUGCACGAUAUACUCCGGCGUAUAUGCAACUACAGCAGCAGCAACUCAUGUACAACAAUGGUCCAAGAGCUAACCUGAUAAACUCCAUGUCAACCACAAACUAUGACAUCAUGACUCCGUUACCAGGUAGUCAGAGCGGCACACCAUUCACCUCGAAUAACAACUCUAGCACUUCGAACUUGUCAUAUUCGAGAAAAUCGUCAAUGACUUCCCAAUCAGUAAACCGGUUUUUCCGGAGGAACCAAAAGGAUGAUUUCAAUGAAGAUGCAGGAGUCGACAUUGGCGAUAUAAUCUCGGGCACGGGGAUGACUUUUGACGAUAUUACCCAUAAUAGAAGUAAAAACUCAUUUGGCUCUACUGCUCCUAUUAUACCAACACUAGGAACCAUGGGCAGUGCAGCUACAUUCAAUAACGCGGCCAAAACCGAUAAUAUUCAGUAUAGAAAGCAAAUGAAUCAACAAAAGAAAUUGGCAAUGAUCAAUGGCGCUAGAGCAAACUCGCUUGCAGCUGGUGUAAACCCCAUGCUGCAACAUAACAAUUUGCAAGUGCCGAUGCAGCAUCAGCAACAAAUGGGUGGCGAUCCACGAGCCAUGUCUAUGGGAGGCAACUAUCCUAGAACAAUGACAAUGGGGUCUCAAGUGCCCAGGAAUCCUCAAGCCAUGAUGAUGAGAAAUCAACUGUAUCCUCAUCCUCAUCCUCAACAACAACCACAACAAUUACAACAAGGGCAAUAUCAAGGGUAUCCCUUUGCAAACCAACAUUACGCAUAUAAUCACCACCAGCAACAGUUUAAUCCUGCUCUGCAUCAAGCACCACGGUCAACGUCGCUAAGUACAACUUCCUACAUGAACCAAGUGCAACCAAACGGGGGAAAUUUUGGUGGACCGCAAUAUCGGAACCUGAAUAUGCCAUUGGGUGAACAUCAGCAAAUGGAUUCUCGCUCCAAUCCCUAUAACAACGGCCAGAUGAUGGCACAAGGGUACGAGCGCACGAGAUCGCUAGGCGGUUCGGGCCCCUAUGCAAGUCAACCAAGACCAAACAUGUUACCAAAUCAAUAUCCUGUGCCGAAUCAAAACCCAAACCAAAAUCGAAAUUUUGUUUCUGGUGGAAAUAUGCUGCAAUCGUACUCGCAGCAGCAGCAGCAACAGCAGCAGCAACGGCCUUCCGUCUCACCAUAUGGUCAAACACCACAGCAAUCUUUCCCACCAGGCCAGCAAGUGUUUGCUCCGUCCUCAUUUCAAGGAAACAAGCAGUUUGCUCCGUCUUCGUUCCAGGGAAACCAGCAAUUUGCCCCGCCCACUUUUAGGCGUGCCUCACAAGCAGAAAGACUUUCUAGCGACUCUUUGAACAAAGUCCCCGAGGAAGAAGAAGAAGAAAAAAGCACCGAGCAUAAAGAGCAACCAGAAAAUUCAGAGCACUCAGAGCACUCAGAGCAUCGACAACAUUUAGAGCAUUCACAAGAAAUGGAGGCAGAGGCAGAGGCGGAGGAUGUGAUUUAUAAAUUCGACGAAAACGUCGUUAGCAAGAAUGUAGAACUUUCACGAAUCUCGAGCAUACAAAGAAACAAUUCGUCUAAAGUUCGGAAAUUGAACUUGUUUGAUGACGGCAAACCUAGGGGUACAGUUGGCAGAAAGAAACCACCAACUAGUCCAUUCGAUUCUCAAUUCCCCAAGUCUUCCGAGAAUACUACAAGUAAAAGUGAAGAUGAAAAUAAUAACAAGAACAACACCGCGCAACAGGUUGUUGAAAAAAAGCUUCCCGGUUUGCCAGACUUUGACGAGCUGGAAGAAGAGGACGAGACGUCACUCAGUCAAGCAUUUUUAUCUGGUGUUGCAGAAUCGAUGCGCAAGGGAAGCCACCAAACACAAUUUUCGGGAGAAAGUCAAUGCGAUCAGUUUAGGGAUACGGUGCUGCCCCAAAAGUCAACUUCUAGCUUGGCCAAUGCUCGCUACCAGACCGAGGGAGAAGCCGAGGAGGAUGAUGAAACCAUCAAGGAAAAUGAGAGCGUCACCAUCUCUGGUAGAGAUCUGGCCUCCAACUCCCUGCUUGGAUCGAGAAACGUUCGGGAGAAACGCGCUCCCCAUAGCAUCACAGCCAACACCGCCUUUAGCAGUUUCAGAUCGCCAGCAGCAGAAGAUGUGCACAAGUUUGUUAGUCCGCAACUUCCACCUUCAAAUACUGCUUCGCCAACUUCUUUUUACGAUCCAGAGUUGACCGAUGGCGAUGAUCUGGAAAGUGGUACGGAAAACGUUUUGGAAGCGGGCGACGCUGAGAUUGAUAAUGGUGACCAGCUGGCCGCCGCCACCGCCUUGAGAGCCGAUACUCCACCCACAACAUCAACCUCAGAUGGCUCGCAGGAGCAAUACUUGAAAAACAAAAUGGAGUCCAGCCAUGGUCAAGAACAACAAACAGACGGCGACACAUCAGCAGAAUCCACUGCAGCAGCAGACACAAGCGCAGCAAAGCGUUUAAUUUCAGAACCAACUCAACAGGUUAUUCUGGAGGAUCAAAUUGGAACACAGAAUAAGUCCACAUCGUCUUCGUCACCAACACCAUCACCAUCAAGACACGUUCCUCAAUCGAAGGGUGUGACUCGUGCCCCUGGUACGCUGGCGGUGGCGGGAAGUGAAGGAAUUGCUUCUAAUGAAGUGAGUUCUAGCUUGAGCACUGGUUCGGCUCUGGCGGCGGCUCCAUCAUCAAAAUCCACCAUCGAGUCUCCAUCAAACAACUUGCGCAGGGACAGAUGGUCUUCAAACUCCUUGUCAAGUCAAGCUCUGAAAGAUAAACGUACAUCCUUUAGUGCAACGGGGAAAAACUUUUUCAAACGGUUGUCACUUUCUAGAAAAUCAAGUCAAGUUGGCAAUGAGGAUGAAAAUGAGAGGAGUAACCCAUCUUUGAGCCGUAAGCCAUCUACAGUUCAAAGGUCCGUUUCAGCAGUGACGCUAGGUAGCAACAAUACCAUUUUGGAGAGACCACAUACUCCCAAAGUUCCGUUAACUUUCUCCAAGGAGGAAAUGCGGAUCAUGACAUGCAACAAUGACUUGUUAGUUGAGUUGGAAAUGACAACCAAGGAGCUCGCCUCAUCGAUCAAACGAGAAUUGGCGUUGGAGUCUAAAUUGAGAGCUGCAAACACUCUGAAAUCGUCCACUUUAGUUCCGUCUUCAAGCACUUCGCUGGCCGAAGAAAACCUUCACACCCAGCUACUCGAAAAUGCCAAAACGAUUAGCGAAUUACAAGAAAAGUUGAACAAGGAAAAGAGAAUGAGAUUGAUUUCGGAAGAGCACGCCUUGUUGCAGGAGCAUGGCCAGUCCCCAAGUCCUCUCAAACUCGACUAUGAAAAAAAUGAAAUCUACAAUGAGUUGUUGGAAAAGAAUGAAUUGAUUACCCAGUUGAAUAAUAGGGUCAAAGAGUUGGAAAAUGAAAGAAAGCCAAUGGAAGCAUCCGAGAUGAAGAAAAUUGACAAUUGUCUCUUGCAAAAAAUCAAUAGAUUGGAGACGGAGAAUAUGGAAUAUAGAGAUGAAAACACGUUAUUGCAAGAAGAAGUUGGCAUUUUACAGACACAAAGAGACGAGUUGCGAGAAGCAAUCAGCAAGUUGUCUGUCCAGGGCAGUCAGGAUAUCAAGCUUCUCAAUGAAAAGAUUAGAAGCUUGGAAUUGAAGAAUGCAAAUUUGAAGUCAAUGAAUGAGAAAUUGACCUCAAGAGAAUCGCUUCUGGCCAGCUCAGAACAUCUCGGCAACCCAGCAAACUCCAGCAAUGGUUCUAGUGAUCAAACGAGAAGAUCUAGCUUUGGAAUCAGAAGCCGGCUUGGCUCGUCAUCUGGUGGCAUGUUGAAUGGUUUCACGAUUGUUUCCCCAAGCAAGAAAACCUAA